GGGAACUCUAACAAAGUGGUUUGUUACUAUACUAACUGGUCACAGUACAGACAGAGUAUUGGAAAGUAUUAUCCAGAGGACAUCGAUCCAUUCAUGUGUAAUUACAUCAUAUUUGCUUUUGGUUGGAUGAAAAAGAACCAACUAUCCGCCCACGAUACUUCGGACGAGAGUAAAGAUGGAAAGAAAGGUCUUUACGAACGAGUUAUAGAGCUGAAGAAAAAGAACCGCGACUUGAAAAUUCUUUUAGCCGUGGGGGGUUGGUCAUUUGGUACGAAACGUUUUAAAGACAUGACCUCAAACAGCUACAAUCGAAGAUUGUUCAUAUUUAGUGCAGUGGAGUUUCUAAGGGAGCGGAAUUUUGAUGGUCUGGAUUUAGACUGGGAAUUUCCUCGAGGUAGUGGAGACAAGAAGAACUUUGUGCAACUAGUAAAG